AUGGACUCUCCCAACGUUCUGUUCACUGCUCCAUCUGCCGGUACGAAGAAUGCAACCCUAAUUUGCGUCCCAAUAAUGAGGGAAUCACUUGAGAAAAUGAAGAUUGACGUGCAGAAAGCCAAGGCUGAAGGUGCUGACCUUGUUGAAAUUCGACUGGACUUUUUGAGCACCUUUGAUCCCCAUCAAGAUCUCACCACUCUCAUUCAACAUCGCGCUUUGCCUUUGUUGUUCACUUACAGGCCCAAGUGGGAAGGUGGAAUGUAUGAUGGUGAUGAAAACAAACGGUUGGAUGCACUAAGAUUAGCCAUGGAGUUGGGAGCUGAUUACAUUGACGUUGAACUUCAGGUAGCGCAUCAAUUCUAUGACUCUAUACGUGGGAAAACAUUCGAUAAAACCAAGGUCAUUGUUUCAUCUCACAACUAUCAGCUUACUCCUUCAAUUGAGGAUCUUGGUAACCUUGUAGCAAGAAUACAAGCAACGGGAGCAGACAUUGUGAAGAUUGCAACAACUGCCACUGACAUCACUGAUGUACCACGAAUGUUUCAAAUAAUGGUGCAUUCUCAAGUAAGGCACUAG